AAGGGUCAAAGUAAUCAAAAUCAAUGGCUGAGAACCAAUCAUCAUCAUCAAGGGUACGGCCCACAAUUACUCUACCACCACGGGCUUCAAUACACAAUUUCUUUAUGGGCGGGCCCGGCCCAAGCCCGGGACCAAUGACACUUGUUUCCAACUUCUUCUCCGAUUCAGAGUCCGAUUAUGCUUCCUUUUCGCAACUACUAGCCGGCGCUAUGGCAUCUCCGGUCGGUCUACGACAGGAAACCGGUGAUUUUGGGUCCAAGCUGAACCGGCCGUCCGGUUUACUGAUUAGUCAGUCACCGUUGUUUAGCACACCGGCCGGUUUGUUGGGUUCGCCUUUGUUAAUGUUCUCGCCUGGCCAGGGCCCUUUUGGAAUGUCACAUCAGCAAGCCCUCGCUCAAGUUACAGCUCAGGCUGCACUACCUCAGUCUCAAUUGCAUAUUCAACCUGACUAUCCAUCUUCAUCAACAGCACCUGCACCGUCUUUUUCACAGUUUCAGUCCCUAACCUCAAAUUCCACAGCAAACCAACAGAUGCUGCCUCCUGCAUCAGAUCCUAAUGUUAUAAAAGAAGCAUCAGAACCUGCUUCUCUUGCUGUUGAUAAACCUGCUGAUGAUGGUUAUAACUGGCGAAAGUAUGGGCAAAAGCAUGUCAAGGGAAGUGAAUAUCCUCGUAGUUAUUACAAGUGUACACAUCCAAAUUGUCCAGUCAAAAAGAAGGUAGAGCGGUCACUUGAUGGUCAAGUAACUGAGAUUAUCUACAAGGGCCAGCACAACCAUCAGCUGCCUCAACCUAAUAAACGCUCGAAAGAGAGUGGAAAUCCAAAUGGAACCUAUAAUUUUCAGGGCCCAUCUGAACUCAGCAACUCCACAGAUAAUGUGCCUUCCCAUAUAAAAAUGAAGGAUCAAGAAUCCAGCCAAGCUACACACGACCAAAUCUCUGGAUCUAGUGAGGGUGAGGAAGUGGGUGAUGCUGAGACUAUAGCUGAUCAAAAUGACGAGCGUGAAACAAAGCGGAGGGCAAUAGCAGUACUGACUUCAGAGGCAGCUUCUUCUCUAACAGUUGCAGAACCUAAAAUCAUUGUUCAAACAACAAGUGAAGUUGAUCUUUUGGAUGAUGGUUAUAGAUGGCGGAAGUAUGGGCAGAAAGUUGUUAAAGGAAAUCCUUAUCCAAGAAGCUAUUACAAAUGUACCAGCCAGGGAUGUAACGUAAGGAAGCAAGUGGAAAGGGCUCCAAGUGAUCCAAAAGCAGUCAUAACAACAUACGAGGGAAAACAUAAUCAUGACGUGCCUGCAGCUAGGAACAGUAGCCACAACACUGCAAAUAAUUCUGUGUCACAGUUGAGGCCACACAACCCUGUAGUUGAUAAACAGGAUUCAACUAGAAGAACAGCAUUUCUGAACAAUGAACAGUAACCAAUAGCACUGUACAGGUU